GUAUUAGUAAACCAAAUAAAUGUCAUUUUAUGCUGUUGUUUUUUUUUUAUUGACUAAAAUAUCAAUUUGUUGUGUUUGUCUUUUGUAGACUACAAAGAAAUUUUCCUUGGAAUUUUUCUUUAAUAUUUAAUAUUGACAUGAAGUUAUAGUGUGAUGGUAAAAUCGUUAAAUUACGUAGAAAGGUCAUAGAUGAAAGGUUAAGAGAGGGUGACAUUGAGGCAUUGAUCAAGAACCUGAGGAUGGCAACAGUAGCAAACAAAGUCAAUAUGAUGGAAACCAGAAGUCAGUACAACCCGUUCUACACGCCACCGUCUUGCAUCAUAAAGACCAGUGCAGAAAUAGUUAGUGAGGCCCGGGCAGCGAUGGAGCACAAGGCAGUCCGGGCUGUCAAUACCAAGCGGCCCUUCACUCCUCGGGACUCUCACCGCAUCCUCUUCGGUAGGAACAACUCUGGCAGGCCUCCGAGUGCUAUAAGCCUUGGACAAGUUAAGUUUCAUGACUUUGAGAGCACACUUCCCAAGUUAAGUACCGGAAAUGUUUCCUUCCUCUACGCCGGAGAAAAACUCCCUAAACUACAGAGAACUCGACUACCAGCGAUCACUGAUGUGAGACGAAAAAAACACUACAAGAGCACAACCUCAUUAGACAAUUUGCCCGAGGAGGUGGAGGCAGAUGUACAACCUGACGUUGCUGUUAUACGCCAGACUCACAGUAGCCCAAAGGAGCGCACCAGUGUGGAUAUCCUGACAUGCUCACCAACACGCAGGCCUCAGGAGCUAUGGACCAGCGUUAGGCAACCCAUCAGUGAGGAGAGUGGGGAGGAGCUUACUCCCCGGAGGAGGAUCAUAAGAAAAAUUAGACCAAAUGGAGACAUAGUUGUGAUAAUACCUAGAGAAAAAUUUCCACCAGUAGUGGAAGUUCAGAAGAAGACUGAUAGAGGUUUAAGAGAUUUUAAGAGUCUGGCAUUCUCCGAACCGAGAGGCUCCCCUAAAGGUAUCAUUGGUAUGGACAAACUGAUGGAAGCGACUGAUAACAAGAUCAAUGAGGCACGUGUGAAUGCUCGCAAACAAGUGGUGGAAAUACCUGCCCAAGUAGAGAAAAUUAAACCACCACUUGCUGAGCCAUCUGACACUUUGGAUAGUAUCCUGGCAGAGCUGCAGAAACUGCGGAAACGGGAAGCUGAAGACGGAGAUGUAAUCUCAGUUUUUGAGAGACUUUACAACAUUUUGGAGAAAGAAAAUAUUCCAGCGUCUAAGAACACUAAGCUCAAGUCUCAUAUUUUGAAAAGUAUUUACAAAUUUGUUGAAAAUGCUGGAGAAACUUUGCUACUCCACAUCACCCGCAUUGCACUCAUGCUCCGUGUCAGCGGCCACAACCUAUCAGCUGUGUGCAAACUUAUAUUCAAGAUCUCCAGAACCGACAAAAAUGACAGACUUUUCCAAGACACCAAUGUCCUAGAACUCUUUAUGGAAGCCUUGGGCAGAGCCAGCCCCUUGGAGGACGCGGAGGCUUGCAUCUACGGCUAUGGUGCUCUGAAAUUCCUGACUAUGAACAAUCAACUUUUACGCACCUCCCUCCAACAUGGAGCCCUUGAGUUGAUGGUGCUCCAUAUCAAAAUUGUGAACAAUGCAAGACUAGAUUUGCUAUCCAUCCCUGAGCAGACGAGCCAUGCCAUGUUCCAGUUGACAGGAGCACUACGUAACGUAGCCAGUGAGGAGACCACUUUCCCACAGUUUGUGGCUUCCUCAGGCAUCACUGAACUCUGCCGUGCCAUGGAACUCUUCUCUGCAGACCUCGAUCUUAUUUGUAACAUUUCUCGUACUCUCAGUAUUCUUUCAACGAAUGAAUCGUGUUGUGGAGCUAUAGUCGCGUAUGACACAAGUUUCCGCACAAUCACCAAAGUAUUGAGGAAGUUCCCUGGGCGUCAGGACAUAGUGGUGAGACUUGGCUAUGCCCUUGGUAACAUCAUGGCUAAAUGUCACCCAGCCAGGCUUAAGCUGUACGAGGAGCCCGGAGGACUUAGUGCCAUCCUGGGGCUUCUGGAGAAUUACCUGGACAAGGAUCUGGAGAUGAUGAGUGCCAGCGAUGACAGUGAUCUCCUGCUCUCUACUCCAGAGUUGGGCUCUGAUGGCUCUGUUGAAGAUGUUAUUAUUAAGAUGAUCCGUAUUGUGGCCAACAUGUGUUUACAUCCAACUGUAGGAGCUGGCCUCACUUGUGCACCAAGCAAUGAUGAUAAUGAUGAUAACAUGUAUCCCUUAGAAUAUCACUCAUCAAAAGAUGGUGGCAGGUUCAUAGAUAUUUUACUGACAGUGCUACGGAGGAAGUCUGUAGCCGAGAGUGAGGAACUCAUACUCUCUACACUGAGUACCCUCAACAACCUCUCCUUCUACACAGACCCAGAGACUGCUCGAGACAGUCCCUUUGGGCAACGGCAGUUGGAAGUAGCUCAAGGUCUCAGUGCUCUCUUGUUAACUGGGAAUGACGAUUGUCUUGUUGAGGUGACCAGAGUAUUUGGGAACUUGACAAGGAGCAAGGAGACGAGAGAUUAUAUCCUUGAAACUGGAGGGAUCUCUCACCUGGUUCGAUGUCUGUCCCACGAGAACCGGGAGUUACUCUGCACUGUAACUGGAGUCUUAGUCAACCUCAUGGCUGACUGGGACAAGCGGCUUGCGUUCAAGGAGGAUAACGGUAUUAACAGGCUUCUAGAAGUACUGGAGAGACAAGGAGAACAAGAUUGGCAGCUGGCGAGUCUUGUGUGUCAGGCUCUCUGGAACUUCUGCAUCGACUCCACACAUCUGUACGCUGCCCUCGGUAUCCAACCUACCAACCAUCUCCUGGCUGUGCUCAUCGAUUUGCUUGAUGAAGAGCGGUUGUUUGGAGUGGCAGAAGAUGGAGAAAUAGAAGACUCCGUGGCCAACAACCCGGAAUAUCAACAAUGGGAGCAGUUUGCUGGAGUGGCCACCAAUUUGCUAGAGAAGAUAGAACAGUAUUUAGAGUCCCUGCAGGCAUUUAAGGAAGAGAUAUGAUGUGAAUCAUUUCAAGCUAGGAAUUGAUUACAAUUUGUUUUCCCAUUUUCAGCACUGGAGCAGUAGUACUGCUACUGCUGGGAUGUGCCAAUUCGUAAAUCAAAAUAAACUAUAUUGACCUUUCA